CAGCCUGUGAUCCAACAUGCGUCCAUGUUCUUGUGACACCUUUGUGGCUCUGCCCCCCUCCACCGAGGGGCACCGCAUCAUUUUUGGAAAGAACUCCGACAGGCCUUGUGAUGAAGUCCAGGAAGUGCUUUUUUUCCCUGCCUCAGACUAUGAGCCGGGGUCAAAGGUCAAGUGUAGUUACAUCGAGAUCGAGCAAGUUUCCCACACGUAUGCAGUUGUUUUGAGCAGACCGGCGUGGCUGUGGGGCGCAGAAAUGGGUGCAAAUGAGCACCAAGUGUGUGUUGGGAAUGAGGCUGUGUGGGGAAGAGAGAGUGCUGAAGGUGAGGAGGCUCUUCUUGGCAUGGAUCUUGUCAGGCUUGCACUUGAGAGGGCUGACACUGCUGAGAAAUGCGUGCGCGUCCUAGCCGAGCUUCUGGAGAAACACGGCCAAGGAGGAGCUUGUUUAGAGGAACAAUGUGACUUCACCUACCACAACAGUUUCCUGAUCUCGGACCGGAAGGAGGCCUGGGUGAUGGAGACCUCCGGGAAGUACUGGGCCGCAGAGAGAAUGGAAGGUGGAUAUCGCAACAUCUCAAACGAGUACAACAUCACAACUAAGAUUGACAGAGAACAUCUUGACCUGCGCAAAUAUGCACAACGUAAAGGCUGGUGGGACGGGAAGGCCCAGUUCAAUUUUGCUGCCGUCUACUCCUACAUGAACACAGGCAGAAUUGAAGCAUCUGGCAGUCGAUACUGUGAAGGAAAGAAGUUGCUGCAAAAGAGCAAUGGGCACAUCACCGCUCAGACGAUGAUGGACAUCCUGAGGGAUAAAGAGAGUGGCAUCAAUAUGGAGGGCAUGUUCAUGACAACAGGCAGUAUGGUGUCGGUGGUACCUGUGGAUCCAGCUCUGCCAGGGGUUCACUAUUUCACUGCUACUCCAUCCCCUGAAAGGUCAGUGUUCAAACCCUUCAUCUUUGUGGAAAACAUGAAAGUGGAGUUAAAGGAGACCACUUCUCCCAGUUAUGGCCCAGUAAAGUCUCGCUUUCAGAGCAAGCCUGACAGAAAGCACAGCUUGUUCACCAAACACGAGGUGGUGUCAGCCAUUGAGAGACACAAGGGGCAUGGAGACCGGCUCACUCGUGAAAUGAUGAGGUUAGAAAGUGAGAGAAUGAAACAAAUGGAGGGGAUUCUUUGUCAUGGCAUCAAGCAGCCUGAUACUUUACUGGAUCUAUUCUCCAGCGCUGUACAGGAUGAAAUGGAGCUGUACAGCAAAGGCUUCUGAGUCAAACAUUCAGGACACAGUUCAGACCAUAAACUAAGUAGAGUAGCAGUAUCAGGACAUUCUCUCACCUCCUCUUCCUGACAAUGUCAUGAAAGCACUGGUCCUUAUGGCGUUCGAUGAAGUCAGUGCAUGUCAUCCUGAUCUCUUCGGGCACGUUACUCCGCGGUUGCUCUUCUUGCCUCUUUCUAUACCACAGUCUGUGCAGCCUAAACCACGGGCACAUCAACAAAUAAACACCUUUCCAUCUAUAUUCUUCUCAGGGUUACCUAUCGCCCCCCCAAAAAACAAUUGUGGACAAAAGUACAUGUCGGCUCCAGUGAAGUCCUCAGUGAUUAGCAAGGAGGAAAAUGAGUUGAAAAUUGCAAACAAUAGAGAAC